GCAAGGGCGCCCCCCCUGUUUGAGUGACUCUUCUUGAACAGACCGCCUGUGUGUGUGCGCGCGGUGGUUUUCUAAUUUAUGUUGCUGGUUUAGUGCAUUUGAAGACCAAAGUGCACAUAAGGCUUUUUUUACGCUAUUGUACCCGCGCCAAGUGUGUUUUGCCUUUCGAGAGCCACGUGAAGUGUACGGCUGCAAGGCGCUUUGAAGAGCCCACAAGCCGCGAGCGCCUGCGGCAUUGGAUGUUAUGCGCCGCGGUUGGGAAUUGUCGAGCCGAUGAUCUGAGCCCGAACUAGCAUAGUGGAAAAAAAGAGACGAAAAAUUGUGAAAUCGGCAUAAUCGAAUGUGAAAAUAUCGGUUUCUGCUUGAUUCGGCACGGGAUUUAGCUGUGCCUACUUGGAUUGCAGAGUGUACAUGCUAAAUAAAAGUUUCUGAUUCGACUGAAGAACCAUUGGAAGAAAACAGCUGUAAAAGUGAUCAUUAACAUAGUUUUCCAUUCGGCUAGCUAGGGAGAGAGAGAACGAGAGAUCGUGUGUCGAGAGCAAGUGAAACGCGGCGUUUAAAAUCAAAUUAAGAUUUUGUUUUUGGGCACUGAAGUGAAGAAAACAAUUGAAUUGCUGUGUGUGGUUGCGGUCAGGGCGGUCGUUUGCCCAGAAGAAAGCCCUCUUGAAGCAGAUCGGAAAGCUGCAACAGCAUCUAAAAGUAAUAGCCAUCAAACGACGUUUCGAGUCAUCAACAAGCAAGCUUCAUUAGAAUUAGAAGCACCGCGCCAUCUCUAUGACCGGGCGAUAGCAGCAACCGUUUCCUCCACCCUACUUCCCCGUCUUCCGUGCGGCGCCCCUGCACCAUGGACAAGCUAGAGCUCGAGAUACGGCGGGAGAUCGAUGAGCUGAACACGAGCGUUUCGCUCAUCGAUCGGCUCGACUCGACCGACACGAUGGACGACGAAAAACAGGAACAGCUGCUCUCGUCAACGCGGGCCGUAUUCGACAACGUCAACUCGAGCCACGCCAAGAACAGUCUGACGGAUUCGCAGAUUUCGAUCAUUUCGAAGCAUGACGGCUAUCCGGACUCGGGACACUUUUACGCCACGCCCCUAACGCCGACAACGGACAGCAGUGGAGAAUGCUGCGACAAACUCGGCACAACCUGCACUUCGAUGUCCGAUGGGGACAGAACACUGAUGACGGACAGCAGCGGCAUGAUGCGAGUUACCAGCGACACCAGCACAAAGGACACCAAAGCGGAAACCAGCACAAACUUCACAGAAUCCAGCAAAUCCAACAUCAAACAGAAGAAGAAGAAAGACUCCAAAGGGGACAAGAAAGCGGCCGCUGCGGCGGCGGCCAAACAGAAGAAAGCAGCGGCUGCAGCAGCUGCCGGUAACAAGCCUGCCGGCGUUGAUCAGUAUUCUCCCAAUAAUGGUGGGAACUCCUCAUUAGUCAGUUUUCUGUUCCCUCCAGGAUCGCCACACUUGAAGAAGAAGAGCCUUCCCUCGACGGUGGUCCUCGGUGUGCUACAGCUGAUAUUCAGCGUUACUUUGGCGGCGCUCGGAGGUUUGGUGCUGGCACGGAACGCCUCCCUGGCCAUGGCCGGAACGGGCCUCUGGUGUGGUGCCAUUUCCGGGAUAGCCGGCUCGCUGGGACUAAUGAACGUCAAAAUGGCCAAGACGGGCUUCCUGGCGGUGAACCUGAUCUGCGUCGCGUCCAGCACGCUCGGCCUGGCCCUGACCGGGAUCGGUGCUGUGCGCGAUGCCAAUCUGGCUCAGCAGGAUGAGUCGGUGUGGGUCGCAGUGACGGCAGGUUCGGGACUGCUGAUGGCGCUGGCGUUGCAUUUCCUCGUCAGCGUAUUCUCGGUGUACUACUCGGCGCUGAAGCUUUGCUCUAGGCCCUCGCAAAAGUCCCAACUGAUCGAGAACGUCAUCAACAGCAGCUCGCCCGGCUCGCAGGCGUUCAUGUCCCAGCAGAAGGUCGAGGACUACAUCAACUCGCUGCAGGUCGAUCCCUCCAUCAAGGAUAUGAUGUACCAGUCGAUGCUGAAACGGGGCUACGGCUCGGUCUACGGCGAGAAGCACCGUACCGACACGUUCAGCAACGGCACCGGCGCAGGUUCCCGCCCGGUGAUGUUGGUGCCCGCCUGCGCAGGCAAUGGAAUUUCACAGAUGAUGCAGAUGUACCCGUCGCCUCCGCCAAACGCUGGGGGACCUCCAAUGAUGUAUCCUCCGAACCUGAUGCCUCCGGGAGUACCACAGUACCCGCCGAUGUAUCCGGACACGGCUUUGCUAGAGGCGCACAUAGCCCGAGUCAACCGGAAGCGAUCGAUGCGUUCCAGCUCGGAGACCGAACCAACUUCGGAAGAUCAGGAAGAGCGUGGCCACCGUCACCGACAUCACCACAAUCAGGAGAAGACAUUUACGUACACCGGACUGGACAGAGAUAUUGCGGAUAGUUAUCUAGCGAAGGAGGAAGAGAAGCUGAACAGUAGCAGUAUUGUGAGUACAACUGCCGGAGGAGCUGGCGGUACGGAAACGCUCAACCGCCACUCCGGAAAGGAGGGGGCUGAGAGGGCCACAUCCCCUCCACUGACCUACCAUCAUGAUCUGAUGCUGAUCGAUCACCGACAUCACUUCGAACGCUAUCAGGAUGUGCAUAUGUAAGAGGCGAUCGCCGGGAAGAGAAACAGAUGAAGAAUUCGAGUCUUUGUUAGCGCGUAAGUCAUUCGUAGAUCGGUAAGGAAAUUCUGCUCAAGUUGAUUUUAAUGUUGCAAUUAUGGAACUACCACUUGUGUAUAAACCUAUGUACAUUUUAUUGUGUUUUAAAAAUAAAAUAUUAAGUUAUCAGUA